AUGUUGCUACGAUCGCUCACAAAUGGUUUUCAAUAUGAGCUAGAAAAUAAUUUGUUAAUAUUUUGUAAAAUUCGACGAUAUUUCACACAUACAAACUAUCUCAUAUCUUCAUGUCUUCUCACAUUGGCCACAAUCAAUCGAUAUGCGCGUGUCAAACAAGCACUAUGUAAUGGUCACAUGAUCCUUUAUCAUUAUUUAUGUUGCCGAAAAAUUACAUAUUUUAUUGUACCUAUUGUUAUAAUUAUAUGUUGUCUUGUAAAUAUUCAUAUAGCCAUCUACUUUCAAAUCAAUACUUCAUCAUACAAUAAUACUUCAUCGAAUUGCUUUGCACAGAAAGGCACUUAUCGACUUUUUUUAGAUAUAUUUUUUCUGCUAUUUUAUGGUAUAUUACCACCCUUCGUCACAUGUAUUUUCGGACUAUUGACAGUGUUGAAUGUUCGUUUUAUUCGACGUGAUUUACAUCCAAAUAUACAAAAAAAAGAGUUUCAACUCAUGGUGAUGGUUUUAGCACAUAUCAUGUGUAACGCAAUAUUAUCACUGCCGUAUCCAAUAGAUCGAUUUUAUGAAACAAUGACAAUUAAUCGUAAAAAGAACGAAGAGCAAGUGGCUGUUGAAGCACUUGUUCAAUCCAUUGGGCAUUUGCUAUUCUUUUCAAAUCACAGUGCUAGUUUUUACCUCUAUAUACUGUCUACCAAAGGUUUUAAAAAUGAAUUCAUUCGAGCAGCAAAAGACGUCAUUCAUCUAAUCUGUCAAUAUUACUCAAAAAUUACACAAUUUUAG